AUGAUCUGCGCGGGCGAAGCGAUCGAGGGUGAAAGCGUCGGUCAGUCGUGCGUCUCGCCGGUCAAACGAACGAACGACGUUGAAAGGAAGGCACGGGGUGAAGAGAAACGAGAGGGAAAGUCCUCGAGGAACGGCGCGCGUCCGGCGGGGACCGGGGUCAUCGUAUGGGAAAGCAGUCUCGACGACGAACGUACCUGCGCGAUGCCGACAACCUCGAGCGCGCGCGGGAGGAACAGCGACAGCAGCGGGAAGUGCGCCACCUGCCCGGCGAGGACGACCGCGCCGAGCGCCGCGGCCGGCGGCGCGAUCGUCUCCACCGGAUUCUCGAGCUCGUUGAACCACUUCGUGACGCGCUCCGGCGCUUUGGUCACGUCCUCGGUCAGGACGUCGACGUCCACGCCGAGAAACGCGUCGGCGAGCGUCGACGCGGGCUUGAGCACGUCGUCGACGCCGCCGGGCGGGGGGAACUCGCCGGGGAGCGUCGCGGAGAACGCCGCGAAGUCCUCCUCGGGGGAUGAUUCCUUCGUGACGUAGUACCUCGACGCGAGAAGGACCGCGGCGGCGGUGCCGAUG